AUGUCUUGUGGUCGUAAUCGUCGUCGACCAAAAGUCUUUUCAACAUUUAAUUCACGAUUGAAUAAUCAACAUGAAUCAUCAGUAGUCAAUAUGCAAUCAACAGAAAAACAUCAUAAAUUAUCUCACAGGAGAAAAAGUAAUCAUGUAGGAAAUUUGUCAAAACAAACUUCACGGGAAAAUACGAUUGAUUUUGAUCGAUUUCGAAUCUUAGAUGAUCAUGGUAAUGAUGUUACACCACGACUUAUUACUGAUUAUAUUCGAAUUAACAUAAAAAGUCGUCGUGAAGAUGAUAAGUCAACAACAGAAAUAGCAAAUAAACGAGUAAUGGAAAAUCAAGAAUCGUCUGUUUCUGAUAAAAGUAUUUUGGGUAUGACAAAUGUAACAACGUCGACUUCACGUAUGGUUCAUACUGGAACAUUAUUUUCUGCUGGAGACAAAACGACACUAGAUAUAGGUACAAGAAUUAUAUUAGAAAGUGAAUAUUUACUUAAUCAAACUCAAAAUGACCGAACAUCUCAUACUGAUAAUGAAAAUGAAGAAUAUCAAGCAAAGUUUUUACCUGGACUUGGUCUUCAAUGGGUGGAUUCAUUGAGAGAUAAUGUUUUAUUAAGUGAAACUGAAACUAUUUUUAUUUUGGAUUUGACUAGUCAUAUUGUCUGGCAAGAAGAUAGUGAUGGAUACAAUCAAAUAAACGAGAAAAAUAAGAUUUACAUGGAUUUAUGUAAAGAUCGACAAGGCAAUGAUUUGUACAUUGAACGUGGUAUGCAAACAUUUAAUGAUUUACCUAAACAUGAACAAAUUAUUACUGAUCCUGUAUUGACACGAUCGCAACAAUCAUGGUGUAAUACAUGGGAUCUACAUGAUUCCGCAAUCGAAGCUAAUCAAUAUGAAGGCAAAAGUAAUGUUUAUAAAAAUUUUAUGUAA